UAACCAUGGAGACGCGCUCGCUGUGAGGAGGCUGAUCAGCAGCUGCAGCCGCUCUCCAGUCAGUCUCUCAGUAGCGAUCUGUAGAUGCAGCACGGCCACCCGCACAUAAAACCAACCCAAACAAUGACAUUAACUACAACGGUAAGACAGAUUCACACCAUCAUCUGACAACUUUCAACGAUCCUGCGCUUCUUCUGCUCGCUGUUUGCCGCCUCAGUCCAGCCCUGCGCCCAAGAGGCUCCUGUCGGACCAUGAUGCUAAGCAGCUCAGUGGACGUCCCCAGUCCAGGGGGGAUGAGUGCGGUGGCGGCCCGGAAUGUAGUUCGCAGUUCCAGCAUCAGUGGGGCCAUGUACAGUCUGGAGAAGAGCCCCAGCAGCACAGGUCCCGAUAACACAGGCCAGGUUGGAAACAAGAAGCGUCGCUCCAGUCUGGGAGCCAAGAUGGUGGCUAUUGUAGGUCUGUCACAGUGGAGCAAGAGCACACUCCAGCUCAACCAGCAAGAUGGAGGAACCAAAAAGCUACGUAGCACAAUCAGGCGGAGCACGGAGACGGGUAUCGCCGUGGAGAUGAGGAACCGUGUCACGCGACAGGGCAGCAAGGAUUCGACCGACGGCAGCACCAACAGCAACAGCUCUGAUGGAACGUUCAUCUUCCCCACUACUAGACUGGGCCCUGAGAGCCAGUUCAGUGACUUCCUGGAUGGUCUUGGCCCCGCCCAGAUUGUAGGACGGCAAACAUUAGCCACACAUCCAAUGGGUGAUGUUUAUGUAGGUGUGGUGGACAGAGGAGGUCAGUUAGAGGUUGAGAUCACGCAGGCCCGUGGGCUGACCCCUAAACCAGGGUCAAAGAACAUUGCAGCAACGUAUGUAAAGGUGUAUGUCCUGGAGAACGGCAUGUGUCUCUCUAAGAAGAAAACCAAAGUGGUCAAGAAGACCCUCGAUCCCACCUUCCAGCAAUCUCUGAUGUUUGACGAAAGCCCUCAGGGGAAAGUGUUACAGGUGAUUGUGUGGGGUGACUACGGUCGCAUGGACAGCAAGUGUUUCAUGGGAAUGGCACAGAUCCUUCUGGAUGACCUAGAUCUGUCAUCAAUGGUGAGCGGCUGGUACAAGCUCUUCCCGACCUCCUCUCUGGCGGACCCCAGCAUCGGACCCCUGACGCGCCGUCUCUCACAGUCUUCGCUCGAGAGCGCCACCAGCCCCUCGUGCACCUAAGUGCGGCCGAGAGACCCAGCCAUCCGCGUCCCCUUAAAUAUGCCUGUGUUCUCUAUCUCUAUGUGUGUAUCUUUGUUCAAUAUACCCCGCCACCUACCCCAAGAAGCAUGCACACACGCUCUGAUAGAUAUAACCAACUCAUCACCCAGAGCUGGAAAGCUUCUCCCACCAAUAUAUUACCGAGAUAUUUCAGAGUUGGAUACAAAUCAGGCAUGACACACACAACAGCUCACACGCACCUGGGUGGAUGUGUGUGUAACCAGACGCGGUUACACGUAGAUCCAUUACCCGCAGGUCACGACACAAAACAAACAAGGGCAUUCAAUAAUUAUAUCUCGAAAUGUUCCUGACAAUGUAGCAUUUGUGUUGACUUCUGUGGGCCGUGCUGCUCGGAGGUAGUGUGCAUUCUAGACUUGCGGUUGUCCUGUAGGGACCGGACCCCCAGGGGUAAUUCAGUUCUCUAUGCCAAACCCGAUAAAAGUUUUAUUUUUUAAAAACCAAAGCAAUUCUUAUUAUCUGUAGUGUAGAGUAUAGUAUAUGGAUAUGUAGCAGAGUCGAUGACUUAGAGAUGCAAAAAAAAUAACUCGUAGACUACAUAGAGAAUUCCACUUUUUAAAGGGCAGAGCUCAACUCCACAGGUCAGGUUAUUAGAAAUGGACACAUGAGGUAGCGUUUUCUUCGUUCCUUUUCCGAGCGCUAAGUAAAUAAAUAUAUCGAUUGGUAUUUGUGUUCAUGUAUUUAUCAACUGCAUUCUGCAUGUUUAUUCGCAACUCGCAACCCUCGUUGAACAAAAGAUGUAAACUGCUAUUUUAAGCUUGCCUUGAAGAAAAUGUGUAGAAUAAUAGACUUUAGGUUAUUUAUUUUGAAACUUUUCGUCUGAAAAAUAUAAUCUGCACUGGGCUGUAGACACAGUGAGCAGUGGAAACCAAACCCUCCGUAUGUAAAGGAGAACCAGCUGUCCAGUUAAACCAGCAACCCUCAUUUCCAGCUGCAUUGUGGGAUACACAGGAUGAAAAAGUAGGAGGGCAUCCACUGGAUAACAAGAACUCGUCCUGUAGCACGAACUCAUACUAAGCUUUCCUGGCAAACGUAGCCCUGAUCUGGUACUGGAACGGCAUCUCUUUAUGCUGGAGCUGCAUUGGACUUGAAGUAGAUUGGGUGUCUUUCUACCAGCAUAUGGAUCCAACUGUUUCAAAGGCCUUUUACAUUUCCCGUUACACACAGGAGGUCACCGCUGAACAACGUCACACUCAACAAUAUGAGGACCGACAAUGAGGUCGCUCUCCCAGCAUGAUCUCAAAGCCCAGAACAAAUCCAAAUCUAUUUAAUCCUGGACGUUUUUGUUGUGGCGCUCUUGACCUCUGUUGUGGAGACUAUUCCUGUCCAAUCUGUCUUCUUUAACUUCCUCUCUGAAGACGAGUGGCUUUCUAGGCGGUUUCUUGCUCAAGAUGGUGUGCCCCGUAUAUUUAGUAUUGGAUAGAAAGCCGCACAGCUGGUAAAAAAAGUACGUUUUGUAAGUGUUUGUUUCUAAAAUGUGCAAAAUCGUAAUAUUUAAUUUAAUUUAUGUAUGUUCAAUUUGAGGUUUUUUUUGUUUGUUUGUCACAUGAGAUGCUGGUAAACAUACAUUGACAUAAGCAUGUGAAAUGCAAGAUUAAUUCUAAAAUGACCAUACGGCUUACAGUUUUAUCAUUCGCCAAAUCUGAUAAAUCUCUUUUAUUAUGAGUUGUACCCUAUAAAAAGUGCACAAACACCAAAGUUGUUUGAUUCUUUGAUAUGAAGUGUCAAGAUAGUGUACAGUAAAGAACUUCUUUUAUUGACUCUCUGGCACCAUCAGUAAAGCUUUACAAACCGAUUUAUCAAUUUCGAUCGUAUCAACAGUCGUGGUAGUUUUUUGGGGUGUGGUAUUUUGUACGUGCUGUUUCAAUGACGUGUCUUUUUCAUCUACCAGCGUCACGAUGCAAGAUGUACUGUACAGCACAGAAUAAUCCAACAAUUACUAAUAUUAUGACAGUGCAUACUUUAAAAUCUCAUUUCAUAUACUUGUUCACUUCAGUAUCCCUAUACUACAAUUUACACGCACAAAUUUCUCUGCAUUGGUAAUAGAGAAACUACAAAGGUUUCUAGAAAUAAAAAACACAUCUUUACUGUUUAUUACAAUGACUGAUCUUUAUGGACUUCCUGAUUUGUAAUUGAUCUUUGGUCAUCAUUUUUGAUCAACCUUGAAAAUGUUUCCUCUUCCUUUAGAUGUUGUUGUAUUACUAGGAAUAUUCAUCUGAAGACAAUUACUUUGUUUUGUUACAUAAAUUUCACUAUUAGACAAAUACAUUUAGGAGGGUAACAUGCACAUUAAACGUGUCUGCAAGGCCAAAUAUCUAUGUUUGACCAAACUCAUAGCACUUCCUUAUUUUUAUGUAAACUGCAAAAAUAGAACUUUUCAGUGAAGAAUGAGACAGCUCAUACUACAGAAACAAUUCCAGUCCAGUUGACCACAAACUCUUGAUAGAUUUAGAACGUUUGCCAUCGGUCCUCUUCUUGUUGUUGCCUUUAAAUGUAUACAAAAGUUCAAUGAAAGUAUCAACUCUCCUGCGUCGCAAUUAAUUUAGUCUCUUUUGUAUUUCCACAAGUUUUGAUUGAGUUUAACCUUCGUGUUGCACCAUUAACAGACAAAAGUCUGUAGAUUAAAUUCAGAACAUAAUUUAACUAAUGAUGAAUUAAAAUUGUAUUAUUGUACUGAAAACAAAAUUGUAUUUACAGCUGAAUGUUUGUCCUUGGUAAACACUAUGAAACAACUAUAAGUCGAUAUUGAUAUUUUUAUAUGUGAUUUUUGGAAACUGGGAUUCUGUAUGUCCCUUUACAUUAUAAUGAAAUAUUUACAAAUUCGUAUUGGUCCCACAUUUUUGCAAAAUAAGAGUCUGAAUGCAUGACUAUUUGAAUUGUGCUCUAUUUUUUUUCGAGUGGGUGGGUGUAGUUUGACUCUAUAGCCAGACCAAAAGUAACACUAAGGAAAAAUCUAGAUUUGCAGCUUACUGCUGAGUUUGGAUGCAUUUUGAUGUUUGAAGGUUUGCUUUUGGUUCUUGCCAGACCAUGACAGUUUCAUAAACACUUGUCAGAUGCUUCUGUAAAUGAUGGGCAUUGUUGGCUCUUUUGAGUAUGGUGUUGCACUGUAAAUUACAGAGAAGUCCCUAACCAGCGGGUUAGUUUAAAUGCAUUGGUGUUUAAUCAAAGUAUUUAUUCUUGCUUUCAUAUGCUAGAACAUGUCUUUUCUUUCAUAAUAGCACAGAUUCAAGGCGUUUUAUAGCAUGUGCAGUUUAUGAGUGUAAGAGGUGACUCCAGCCUGACUGGGGAAUGAUCUUAAAACAUCAAUUACAGAAAAUAAAUGAACGAUAAAUGAAAUGAAAUGAAUCUGAUCAUAAUGCAUACUUAGGUUAUUUUGCAGUUCAAAAUGAUCAGCAGAUUGUAAAUGAAGAAUGAUAUGUAUGACUGUACGUAUGAUUUAUGAUUUUAUGUGUGCAUCUUCAUUUUAUGGGAUUUUUGCUUCUCGGGUAUUGUGUGUAUAUGAUCUGUAAAUGUUGAGACAUGGCUUUAUUAGAUUAGAUCUCAUUAGAUUGAUCUACUAUGAAUGUUUUCUCCCUUUGCACAUACCUUGACCCAUUUAAAACCCUCGUAAUAUGAGGUCUGUUUAGUCACGUUUGUGAAUAUAAGGGUUAUUUAGCUUAUUUUUGUAAAAGUGAAUUGUUUGAGAGAGUGAUAUCGGUGAAUAGUUCAUUCAGAAUUCUCAUACUUUUAUUAGAACUUGUAAUAUAUGCCUCACUUGUGAAUAUUAUUUAAAGGCAUAGACAAGCUAUUGAAGUGCUUUGCUUCAAUAUUAACAGUUAUAGUGACACUAAAGUAUCUCAAACUUGAAUGUAUUUUAAUCAUAUUGUAGCUUAGUUGUUUUUGUCAUUUUAAAUCUGACUGAAAUUCAUUUGAUGCCAUUUGAGCCCCCAAAUUAUCAAAAUAACAUCAGCACCUCUCUGUGCCGAGUGAAUUCUGGAAAAAUUGAUGAUGUGAUGCUUAAUUUGGAAAAGACAAUGAUACUCAAUUAAAUGACAUUGGAGUGCUAAGCGCUCAAUCUUUUCUUUCUGAAAACAUAAGAUGCCUGUUAGUAAUUUUGUAAGAUUUACUGGAUUGAACUUUGUUGAAGUUUGCAAAAUGAUUUGGAGAAUGUCAGUCUUGCGAGAAGAGGUAUUUCUCAGUAGCAUGUCUGUGUUGUUUAUUUUCUCGAAGAGCCAUAGAAGAUGCCAUGAUCUCUUUAAAAUGUUGAUCUAAAGAGAGAGAAAUAUUUCUGUUUAUUUAAAUAUUAUGAUACAGACCUCAGAACCUGCAUACAUUUAUUGCACACUUUAGCAAAAAAAGCACUCUGGGGUUGGAUCUUGCAGUCUUACAAAUGCAAAGAAGGUCAUUUGCAGUCUAUUUUCAUGAACUGUUAACUAUUGAUAUGUCUUCGUUGUCUUCAUAACGGAGUCAUUUACAUUAUUCAUGACAUGAUUACCAGCACGAAACACUGUUGUGACACGUUCACCAUUGCAGAGAGAUUUUCAACUUUUGUGAGAAAUGUAGCACCCUUGAAACUUUGUCCAAUGAAUCCAACGAGUUAACCCACUACAUUUAACUUUUACAUUUAAAAAUUAAAAUGUAAUUUCUAUCUAACACUAUCUAAAGCCCUCAAAGACAAAAGUAGCCCAGAUUUAUCAGCCUUGUUAGUGGUUGGUUAUAACUUUAUCAGUCACUGAGAUCUUUUGAAAAGUAUUUGACAUGACAAUGUUUUGCAGUAAUAGAAUGAUAAAGAGCUGUACAAGAGGAAGUUGUAAUUUUAUACUUGUGCUUUGUAAAUGUUUUCUAUGUGCAGUAUUUGAUAAUGUAAAACUGGUAUUUUUGUGGUAAGCUGCCGAACUGAUUAUUUAAGGUGCACGCAGUUUUGUAAGAAAAUGAUGGGAAACCUACAAAAAAAUAUAAUAAUUUUGACUCAAGCCUGUAUAUGCAUGCAUAUUGACUACUGGAAGCUGGUGGUCAAUAAAUUGUAUUUGAAUCAACUCUUUC